CGAAUAUCCAUGAUAUGGGCAGCUAGCGCAUAAUUUUUUAAAGCGCUCCCAAUAUUCGUACAAGGUCUCAUCAUCGGCUUGCUCAAUGUUGCUGAUUUGCUUUUUGAGACUUGAAGAGAUAGAUGCGGGAUAAUACCUGUCGAGGAAGCUCUUUUUCAUUUGAGCCCAUGUGUUGAUGCUCCCCGAAGGAAGAUAGAAUAGCCAGUCCUUGGCGGUGUCUUUUAGAGAAAAAGGGAAAGCUCUCAGCUUGAUUUGCUCUUCGGACACGCCAUUGGGGCACAUGCUUGUGCACACAAUAUGAAACUCCGACAGGUGUUUGUUCGGAUCUUCCCCCCGUAGGCCAUGGAAAGAUGGGAGUAGAUGGAUGAGCCCAGAUUUUAGCUCGAAUGUGACCCCCGUAUCAAGAGUUGGGAAAGUGAUACAAAGGGGUUGUUGAUUUAGAUUUGGAGCCGUGAGCUCCCUUAAUGUUCUCGUUUCAUGAGCCAUGGUGAUUGGCUCUUCGGUUUCACUAGAUUGAGAACUAGUGCUUGAUGAUUCUCCCGAGUCGGAGUUUGAAAAUUUAUUUUUCAACCGCUCGAGAGUUCGUUCUAUUUCGGGGUUUGAGUGGUAUGUGAUUUCGUUCAGUGAACGAUAUUUUACCAUGUACUACAAAGCUCAGCAGAAAUAGAAAUCUUUAUACUUUGAACCAUGUAUAUAUAUAUUUUUUUUUUGAUUUUUCUUGAAAUAAAAUAAAAAGAAAAAUAAUUGCCUUUCCCCGGCAACGGCGCCAAAUUUGACGUGCACUUUGUCGUGAGUGCACUCAAAAUAAAUUCAAUACUAACACUUAUACGUAGUAUAGCGUAGUAGAGUUCGUAUCCACAGGGAAAGAAAUAACUUUCUUUUUAUAUAAAUAGUAAAUAAAGGGGGGGUUUUGAUUGUUGAGUGAUUUAAUUAAAUUAAACACGAAGAUGAACGAGUUAUAUGGGAUUAAAUUCAAGAAUAAAAGGGACUUGGUCUUGCUACUUUCCACUUGUUGAUAUAUUUUAGUCGAUCAUUGUUAUAUCUAUAACUUAUCCCCUCUCGAAUACUCAAUCGAGGAGUAUAUCCAAUUCAUCGAGGGUAGUUAUUAACAACGACCGUUCAUUAAUAACCCUUACUAUUAACCAAAUAUAGAACAACGCCGUAUACCGAUUUAAUAGUAGCAUUUAACCUCUUUAACUCCUUGAUGAAAUCAAUUGAGAUUGAUAACCUCAACACAACGGUUUCGGUUUAACCAACAGAAUUAAUCCCUCUUAAGUUUAUUAACCACGACCGUGCAUUAAUAAACCGAAGUUACUUACUUGUGAAACCAUCAACGUUUAACCAUCGGUUCGUUGAUCGUUUCUAGUAAUAAUCAAUGUUGGAACGUUAACUAAUCGUCACUUAGCCACCCUCCAACAUUAAUAUAGAGAUAGAUUAAGGGAAGAAUUAAUAAUCAAAAGGAGAAAGUAAGAAAAUAACUCACAACUUUAAUAAUCAACAAGCUUCAAGAGCAAAACCAAGAAAUGGAAGUUUAGCUCCUCAUUUGGAGACUAAACAUGCUAAAAGAAAUAUAGAGAAAUGCUAUUCUAAACUGAGCUUAAGAGUAUAAAGGAAUUGGUGUCUUUCUUGUGGAGGAAAUGGGGUGUAUUUAUAGGCUUUUUAGGCCUGCAGGGUCGUGUACCCGAUCGGGUUUUCAGCUCAACCGAUCGGGUAAGGGUUAGUUUCCUCGAAACUGAAAAUCUGGGGUCAUACCCGAUCGGGUAUGUCGGCUACCCGAUCGGGUAUAGAUACGCGAUCGAGUUAAAAAUCUUCCUGCAUGUUGCCUUGUUCCCGGGUUGAUUCGAUUUGACUUUUCAGCCACUUACCCGAUCGGGUAUAGAGCAUACUCGACCGGGUACACUACCAAAAAUCAGAAUCUUCAUCUUUUCUUGAAAUCUUUGCACCUGCCUUCCAUUUGUGAUGUUUACCAAUGGUCCCUAGAGUGGUCUUGGACCUGUUUGAGCUCAGAACCAACCUAAUCUAAAUAAUUUACAAACAUUUUACAAACUAAACAAUUACACCAAAAGUGUGUAAUUUCUAGAGUAACAAUCACUCAAAACUAAUCAAAAGCACAAAUAUAAACAUGGAAAUAACAUGAAUGUCAAGUCAUUAUAUGGAUUAAAACAAUCUGGACACAUGUGGUAUAACCGUCUUAGUGAAUAUUUGAUUAAAGAAGGGUAUAAAAAUGAUCCUAUUAGUCCAUGUGUUUUCAUUCAACGAUCCGAAUCAGGAUUCGCCAUAAUUGCAGUAUAUGUUGAUGAUUUGAAUAUAAUCGGAACUCCUAAUGAAAUUGAAAAUACUGCAAAAUAUCUCAUGAAAGAAUUUGAAAUGAAAGACCUUGGGAGAACAAAAUUUUGUCUCGGCAUUCAAAUUGAACAUUUGAGAAAUGGUAUUUUCAUCCACCAAUCAAAUUAUACCGAGAAACUUUUGAAGCGAUUUUACAUGGAUAAAGCACAUCCGCUCAAUUCUCCAAUGGUGGUUCGAUCUCUCAAUGUGCAUGAUGAUCCUUUCCGACCUUGUGAAGAUGAUGAAGAAAUCCUUGGUCCCGAAAUACCAUAUUUAAGUGCUAUUGGAGCAUUAAUGUAUUUGGCUAAUAAUACUCGACCAGAUAUUGCUUUUUCUGUAAAUUUAUUAGCCAGGUACAGUUCUUCCCCAACAAGAAGGCAUUGGAAUGGUGUCAAACAUAUAUUCCGAUAUCUCAAUGGUACAAUCGAUCUUGGAUUGUAUUUCAAGAAUGGUGCAAAUGCCACUUUAAUUGGCUACGCGGAUGCAGGAUACUUGUCUGAUCCACAAAAGGCAAAAUCACAAACAGGAUAUUUAUUCACCUAUGGUGAUACCGCUAUAUCAUGGAGAUCAAUGAAGCAAACAUUAACUGCAACAUCAUCAAAUCAUGCAGAAUUAAUUGCUCUUUAUGAAGCAGGUCGUGAGUGUGUCUGGUUGAGAUCAAUGAUCCAGCACAUACAAAAUGAAUGCGGUAUAAAAUCUUUUACUUCUAAUCCUACUGUGAUUUAUGAAGAUAAUACAGCAUGUAUAGCUCAGAUCAAAUGAGGUUACAUCAAAGGGGACAGAACAAAGCAUAUAGCACCAAAACUUUUCUCCACACAUGAUCUUGAGAAUGACGGAACGGUUGAUGUCAAACAAAUCAAGUCAUGCGACAACCCUGCUGAUUUGUUCACAAAGUCAUUGGCACCGAAGAAAUUUGAAGAACUGGUCCAUAAAAUUGGAAUGUAUCGUCUUCGAGAUAUAUGUUAAAUUGAGGGGGAGUAAUAUAAUGCACUGCACUCUUUUUCCCUUCGUCAGGUUUUUAUCCCACUGGGUUUUUCUUGACAAAGGUUUUUAACGAGAUAGUACAUUAUAAUACUAUGAAACUAAUACCCCAGAAUAAUUAGAAGAUGACCAUUCAAGGGGGAGUGUUGAAAUAUUAUUGAAUUAGUCAUCUUCUAACUAUUCCUGAUUAGGAAUUAUUAUCACCAUUACAUAAAUAAUUAGGAAAUCAUAAUUGUGAUUUCAAGGUGAUAAAUGUGUGGCUCACAAUGAUCUCCUAAUCUCAUUGAGCUCACACUUUCUCCUAUAAAUAGGAGUCAUUCUCAUUGUAAUUAACACACCAUUACAACACCAUUAUCACACUUCUAAUAACAUCUUUCUCACUAAGUAUUCAGAUUAUACU